AUGAGCGAAGAGGUAGUUGGCAUCCGCACUUUUGUCGAGCCCUCUAUUCCAGGAUUCUCGGCCAUUAUCAAGCAGCGAUACACCGAUUUCAUUGUCAACGAAGUCGAUCAGCAGAAUGAAACCGUCCGCUUGACAUCUUACGAUGUGCCAGUUCCUAAUGCUGACGAGGUCAAGUUACGUCAGGAGCGCGAUCAGGCGAAGGAAGACGCGGCGCAGAUCAACAGGGCUGUGUCUGACGAAGACAAGCUGGCCGAGCUGUCGCAACUCCUGGGGGAUGACGCUGAGGUUAUGGAUCAGAUCAAGAAAAUGCUUGAUAGCUAUGGAAACGAUCUGGAGCAUGUUAAUUUGAAGCCAGAAGAAGAUAAGGCCAAGCGUACAGAGAUCCAUAAGCUGGUCAAGGAACGGUUCAGUGGAAGGAUGGUCUCGGAGACUAUGAACGGUACCAUCCGCCUCCGCAUGCAUAAGAAGAAAGAUAACUUCGACACAAGGGGCAAGGUAAAGACGGAUAUAUGGAAGGAGUUGGGUGGAGAGUUCUGUCGAUUCUGUCUCUUCAAGGAGAACCGCGAGACCAUGGAGGCUAUCAACUUUCUUACUGGCGCACUACGAGUGCCUGGUAAGGUGUUCACAAUUGCAGGGACCAAGGACAGAAGGGGCGUCACCAGUCAGUGGGUUACGGCACAUAAGGUCAAAGCAGAGCGUCUGAUUGCCGUUAACAAAACUCUGCGCAAUAUGUGCCUCGGAAACUUCAGUUACGUCUCUCGCGGACUCAAACUGGGCGAUCUCAACGGAAACCGAUUCAUGAUCACGCUCCGUAAUGUCCUUGUCGACUCUGAAGAGACACUGAACCGAUCGAUGGUCUCACUACGGGGUAAAGGCUUUAUCAACUAUUUCGGAAUGCAGCGAUUUGGUACUGGAUCCGUUGGCACUCAUGAUGUCGGCGCUGCGAUCCUAAGAUCUGAGUGGGAGGAGGCCGUAAAUCUAAUCAUGAAACCUCGUUUGGGAGAAGGACCUGAUUUGGAGAAGGCCAGGACACACUGGGCAAAGCACAAGGAUCCUGAAGAAGCACUGAAGCUUUUCCCGAGGCGAUGGGUGGCGGAAACACAGGUUCUGUGGUCUUUCCAAAAAGCGGGUCAUUUGAGGAGUCCCUAUGAUGCAUUGGCCAACAUUCCCAGGAACUUGAGAUUAAUGUAUAUCCAUGCGUACCAGUCCCUUGUCUGGAACCAUAUGGUCACGGAACGCAUUCGUCUCUAUGGAUCAGACCAUCCUGUUGUUGGCGACUUGGUUGCGGAGGAUAAGGCUGCAUUGGAGGUAUCAGAUGAAGCAGCGGACGAGAAGGGCUCGUCUACACAACAGCGGGAGCAUGUUCGAGCCAAGGUUCUGACGGAGGAGAACAAGGACCAAUACACGAUUUACGACGUGAUCUUGCCCAUGCCUGGCUUCGAUGUCAUUUACCCGACGCACGAGAUUGGAGAGAGGUACAAGGAAUUGAUGAACAAGGAUGGGCUGGACCCUUACAAGAUGCGACACCCGAACAAGGAGUACUCUCUUCCGGGAUCUUACCGCAGUAUCAUCAGCAAGCCAGAGAACGUCGAGUGGGAGAUUAUGAGGUACGAUGAGGCCAAUGUACCCUUAGUCCUCACGGACCUUGAAAAACUGGAAGGGAAGCCCAAGCCGGAGGGUGUGCCCAAUGGCAAGUUUUUAGCUUUGAUCUUGAAUUUGACACUCAAGUCGAGUCAGUACGCGACGAUGGCGAUUCGUGAGAUCUGCAAGCAGGAUACAUCGGCAGCGUUCCAGAGUACGCUGAACGUCGCAGAGGGUGAUAAUAGCAUGGACGCCAGCGCUAGUGCUAGUGCCAGCACGGAAGAGUCGUCUCUAGUUACACCAGAGGCGCUUGUUGCGGAGGAGAAUAAGGGGUCGUCCAAGAGAGACAUUGAACAAGUCGAAGGAGCUGAAGCUACCCCGGAUGCCAAGGCUAUGAAAGAAUAA